AUUUGCGCCCUUUAAAAGCUUCGGAGAAAAGGCUACAUAAAAGUUGAAAGUGAUAUGGGAUGAGGGCACUGAGAGUUUUGUACAGAUUCAACCAAUUAUAGAGAUUUUUUUAAUGGUUUCUGUAGACUUAACAUUAAAAAGGGCCUGUGCAUAUAUUAAUGAUAGUUUAUAAAGAUCAACAAUAUAAGAGCCGUGUAUUUUCUCUCAUAUAUUGCGCACGUUGCUCCAUGAAGCUUGAGAGAGAGAGAUAGAGGAGAGAGAGGGAGUGAGAUUCUAUAGUUUUUGUGUGUUACUGGUUGGAGCAAGUGGAAAUAUUGAGUGGCUGUUUGAAUUUUAAAAAGCUAAAAAAGAAAAAAGAAAAAAUGGGGAAAGCUACAAAGUGGUUGAAGGGCUUGCUUGGGAUGAAGAAAGAUAAAGAAAACGUGGAAAGCAAUUCAAAUUGCGGCGAUAAUAAGAGAGAGAAGAAGCGGUGGAGCUUUGCCAAGUCCGGCAAGGAUUCCGGCGGAUUUAAUCAGAUUCCGGUGGAUAUUCCGGCGGCCGAUUCGGCUUGGUUGAGAUCCUACAUUGGUGGCACGGACAAGGAGCAGAAUAAGCACGCUAUCGCCGUGGCGGCGGCAACGGCCGCCGCCGCCGAUGCCGCCGUCGCCGCCGCACAGGCCGCCGUGGCGGUGGUCAGGCUGACCAGCCAGGGGAAGGGGGGCUUGUAUACAGGUGGCAGAGAGCGAUUGGCUGCUGUCAAGAUUCAAACUGUGUUUAGAGGAUUUUUGGCCCGAAAAGCGUUACGGGCCCUAAAGGGGCUGGUGAAGUUGCAGGCCCUGGUUAGAGGCUACCUAGUGCGGAAACGUGCCGCUGCAACGCUUCAUAGCAUGCAAGCUCUAUUCCGGGCCCAAGCGGCCGUCCGGUCUCAACGGGCCCGUCGUUCGAUCAGCAAUGACUAUCGAUACCAGCUUGAAACACGAGGGAGAAAGCCCGUGGACCGAUUUGAUGAAAACAGGAGUGAGUUUCACAGCAAAAGGGUGGUCUCAACUUCUUGUGACCCUUCCGUCAACACAUUCGAUGAGAGCCCGAAAAUCGUUGAAAUUGACACGUGUGGCCCGAAAUCGAGGUCCCGGAGGAUGAACGGGUGCAUGUCCGAGUAUGGUGAUGACCACUACUACCAAGCAAUUUCGUCGCCUCUCCCAUGCCCGGGCCCAGCCCGUUUGUCGAUCCCCGACUGCCGCCACCUACAAGAUUUCGAUUGGGGGUUCGUCACCGAGGACUACAAGUUCCCCACUGCCCAAAACACCCCAAGGUUUUCGUGCUCGGGCCGGGCCCAUGUCCCGGUGACGCCACCCAAGAGCGUGUGUGGGGAUAGCUUCUUUAGGCCGUACUCAAACUGCCCCAACUACAUGGUGAACACACAAUCGUUUAGGGCGAAGCUGAGGUCGUACAGCGCCCCGAAGCAGAGGCCCGAAUUGGGCCCGAAGAAACGGCUGUCGUUGAACGAGAUCAUGGCAUCAAGAAGUAGCUUCAGUGCCGUUAGAAUGCAGAGGUCAUGCUCUCAAGUUCAAGAAGAUUUUGAAUUUUAGGAUAUGGAUAUUUAUAUGAUAUGCUAAAAUUAUGUUUCUUUUUGUUGCAUCCGAGAUUAGCUUUGUCUAUAGACAAAAUGGAGCCAGCAUAUAAAAAGCUUUCUCUAUAUGCCUUUGUUUUCCUCAUAGAAUAGAACAGAAUGCUUGUGUACAUUCCUUGACAAAAUUAUGUUAAGCACCUUGCUUUAAUUAAUGAAAUCACUCUCUUUUUUCUUUUCUUUA